AUGGCACUUCCAGCGCUCGGACCGGCCGCAACAGCGUUCGCAGGCGCCAGCUCGUUCAUGUACCUCGACGCCCUCUGGCGCAUGGGCGAGGACUACAAGCUCGCCCGGGGGAUCGUCAAGGCCCGCGUUGCGCUCGCUCUCAACAACAGGAGGGACAGGAACUCGAUCUACUACGUCUUUGAUGAUGCACACAGGAAGAGGGGAGAUGCCGACUGUUACGUCUGCGACGGGGUCACGUACAGCUGGAAUCAGGUCGCGCUCGAGGUCAACCGCCUCGCGCACUGGUUCCUCUCGCAAGGCAUCAAGCGAGGCGAGACCAUCGCCCUGUACAUGCCCAACAAGCCGGCGUACCCGAUCGUCUGGCUCGCUUGUCUCGCUGUUGACAUCGUUCCCGCCUUCAUCAACUAUAACCUGACCGGCCAAGGUCUCGCACACUGCAUCAACGUUGCCGGGCCCCGUCUCGUCCUCUACGACUCGGACUACGCCUCCCCAAUCGCCGAAAUCUCCUCCUCGCUCUCCGAGAAGAACCCAGGAAUCAAGUUCGUCCGGUGGUGCGACCGCUUCAACACGGGCGUCGGCGAAAAGGCCCAGGGAGGAGUCGAGGGAGAAGUCAGGCUUGACGAGGCUGUGUUGAGGCAGAUGAGCGAGAAGAGGAUCCCGGAUGAGAGGAGGGCUGGAGUCACGUGGCAGAGCCCGUGCUGCUUGAUUUACACGUCGGGAACCACCGGUCUGCCGAAGGCCGCCCUCACGCUUCACGGACGCUGCUCAACCGCUUUCAAGGUCUGGACCAGCUUGAACGAGUUCGACAAGAAGACGCGCAUCUACACUCCCAUGCCUCUCUAUCACUCGACCGCCGCCCUUCUCGCCGUGGGAGUCGCCUGGAACGCAGGUGCGACAGUCGUCAUCGGACGGAAGUUCUCGGCUUCGUCAUUCUGGAAGGAUGUGAGGGAGAGUAGGGCGAAUGUGAUUCAGUAUGUCGGGGAGGUCCUGCGGUACCUCCUCUCGGUCCCUCCCAGCAUCGCCGACAAGGACCACGAAGUCCGCCUCGCGUACGGAAACGGUUGCCGACCUGCAUUCUCCGCCGCUACUCGCAGUCUAACGCUUCUCGUCGCGCAGGUCUGGGAGAAGUUCCGCGAGCGCUUCGGCGUGCAAGUCAUCUCUGAGUUCUUCGCAUCGUCCGAAGGCAACGGCUCGCUCUUCAACCACAACGGGAACAAGUUUGGCGCAGGCGCCGUCGGCAAGGAAGGGAUGAUCGUCGGGACUUUCCAGCGCAACAAGCAGGUUUUGUUGAGGGUUGAUCCGUUGACGGAGGAGCCGGCGAGGGGGAAGGAUGGGUUGUGCAUUCGCGCGGCGGUCAACGAGCCGGGCGAGCUGGUCAUCCAGAUCGACAACACCUCGCCUUACCAGGCCUUCGCGGGCUAUCACAACAACCCGGAAGCGACGAACAAGAAGAUCAUGCGCGACGUCCUCUCGAAAGGCGACACCUACUUCCGCACCGGCGACCUCUUGCGCCGCGACGCCGACGGUCACUGGUACUUCGCCGACCGCCUCGGCGACACGUUCAGGUGGAAGAGCGAGAACGUGUCGACUUCGGAUGUCGCGGCGGCACUGGGCGAGGUCGUCAAGGAGGCGAACGUGUAUGGCGUUCUCGUUCCGAGCCAGGACGGGCGUGCGGGAUGCGCUGCGAUCCCCAAGUCGGCUGGACCGGUUGACUUUGUCAUGCUCAGCAAGCACGUCUCGAAGACGCUGCCCAAGUACGCGCAGCCGCUCUUCAUCCGUCUCGUCGAUGCCCUCGAAUCCACCGGCACAGGCAAGCAACUCAAAGUCACCCUUCGCAACGAGGGAGUCGACCCCGACGUCGUGCGCGACCCGGUCUUCUGGUUGCACCCGGACAAGAAGGCGUACGUGCCGUUCACGAAGGAGGACUGGGGGCUUCUCAAGGCGGGCAAGGUGCGCCUCUGA